AUGUUGGCUGAACUUAUUCUCAGUGAUUACUCAUCUCCUUUUCCUAUUCCAGUGAUAGAUGUUGAAGGCUCUGCUACGACAACUGAAUUGCAGAAGAUUUACAACCAUGUAGAGGUCGAGGGUCAUUUUGACCGCCGUGCAUGGGUUGCUGUUGCUCAUGAGUUUGACAAAAGUCAACUGCUCAUUGAUAUAAUAAAACAAGUUCGUGGUACUCCAGGUCCCAGGGAGGAAAUGCAGGAGAGGUUUGAUGAACGACAGCUCCGCAAUUUGUUAAUUGGGAAGAGAUACCUUGUAAUAUUGAUUGAUGUCCGGACACCAGAUCUUUGGGAGAUUGUCAAGUAUGCUUUUCCAAACUCAUCUCAUGGUAGCCGGGUGAUUUCCAGUUUUCGAGCGGCCGAUGUAGUACGGUAUCCAAAUAUAAUAUUCUAUGGAAGAAAUCCUGCGUUGAACUCUGGUGAUAUGCGAGUAUCAUAUGCCACAACCAAUGUUGUUUUUGAUGAUAAUGCUACCACUGAACAACAAGUUUCAGGUCAGGAUCGCGACCACCCUUUGGAAAAAUUUUUUGAUGAGAAGACAAAUACAAGGCGCAAUGGAGCUGAGUUUGUAUCCGGCUCCUGUAAUAUCCAAGUAUCAUCUGCCGAAAUCAAUGUUGUUGGUGAUGAUAUUGUUACCUCUGAGCAACCACUUUCCAAUGAGGAUCCCGACCAGUUGUUGCAAGGAGUUUUUGAUGAGGAAACAGAUAUUGUUGUUUUCAAGGAUAAAAUAUUAGAGUUGGCUAAACUAACUGUUAGUGACAAGCAUUCUGUCGUUGUAGUAGUAGUAGUUGGUGCUGCAGGCUCUGGCAAGACAACCCUAGUGAAAACCAUUUAUGACAGUUCACUUAUGCGGCAGAGUUUUGGUUUCCGUGCUUGGGUCAAUGUUUAUCUUUCUGAUCAUUAUUAUGAUAUGAAAAAUGUGUUGAUUAGCAUAUUGAAACAAGUGACAAAACUGGCUAAGGAUGAAGAAGAAUUGCUCCCCUACCAAUUGGAAACUAAGCUUAGUGAUACCUUAUCCGGGAAGAAAUUCCUAAUAGUCUUGGAUGAUGUCCAUCUACCUGGUGCCUGGUAUGAUUUUCGGAGGAUUCUUUUACCAAAAUCAUCGAGUGGUAGCAGGGUAAUCCUUAUCACACGUAAGGAUACUGUAGCUAAGAGUGUCAGUCCGACUGUUCUCCGGCUACGUUCACUAGAUAAACAUGAAAUUCGGGAAUUGUUCUUAAAGAUGGCGAGGAAAUACAAAAGUUCAGACUUAAUAAAUAUGCAGGACGAGGUCGGGGAAAUAUGUCGUGGUCUGCCGCUUGGAAUAUGUGUGCUGUGUGGUCUGUUUUCCACUAGAAACUACCCCAGCAACUCUGAAUGGUCAGGGGUGUUUAAGAAGGAAAGAUUUGGUGAAGCUCAAUCUAUUUCUCCAGACCUAUUAGCUUCAUAUAUCUGGGAGUUGGCCUAUAAGAUCCUAUCUCCCCGUUUCAGGGCAUACAUUCAUUAUUUAUGUCUCUUUCCCAAAUCAGAUGAGGUACCCGUGCGAAGAUUGUUUCAUUUAUGGCUUGCUGAGCGAUUGGUAACACCAAGUGGAGAGGAAGAACUUGAAGAGCUGGUAAAUAAAGAUAUUGAAGUUCUGGAGAAUAUGAGAAUUAUUCAAGUGGUAAGGCGGAGAUCAAACGGGAAGCCUAAAACUUGCAAUGUGACUAGUAGUCUAUAUGAUACCUUCUGUCAGAAUUCUCACGACAUGGGAUCCUUCCACGUCAAUAGCAACAAAUCAAAUUCUACAUCCAAUUCACGGAAGGUAUGCAUUCGCAGGUUUGCAGAACACAUAGAUAUUCAGAACAACCCCCCUUCUUCAGAUGAAGGCGUUAAACAUCUACAUUCCUUUAUAUCUUUCAACACCCGGAAGGAUGAUAGACCUUCAGAGGAAUUAGGUAAUUUUCUGAACAAUACAAUCACUAAAGAAGGCAUUGGAUUGCUCAGAGUGCUUGAUCUAGAAAAGGUAUACAAACCAGUCCUACCUGAAACACUAGGAAAACUUCAGCUUUUAAGAUAUGUAGGUCUGAGAUGGACUUUUCUAGAUUCGAUUCCCAAGUCAAUAGGUGAUCUUCCUUGCCUAGAGACUUUAGAUUUGAAGCACACUAAUAUAACCAAAUUGCCAAUGUCCAUCUGGAGGUCAAGGACACUUAGGCAUCUGUACUUGAACCAGCUUCAUUUUAAGAUGUCCACAAGAAUGCUGGUUUCUUUAACCAACCUUCAGACUUUGCGGGGUCUAUUUAUCUGCAAUAUUAAUUGCUGUAAAAAUGAUUGGUUGGAGAACCUGAGUUGCAUUAGGAAUCUGGGACUGACAUGCCAUACAACAUCAUUUCAGAAGAUAACCAAACAGAUCUGUAAGCAUACCAGUCUUCAAUCUUUGAAGUUGCGACUAAUAAAUAAUUUUGGUGAACCUUCAGGCUUUAAUUUGGUUCCCAUUGAUGAGUUCGAGAACCUAAAAGAAUUGUAUUUGUUCGGAAUGUUACCAAGAGGAUUUGACAUAAGCCGAUUCCCCCCAAAGCUCCAGAUCCUUACUUUGUCAUUGUCUCAGCUAUCGAAUGAUCCAAUGCCAAUGCUGGGGAAGCUGAAGCACCUCAAAACCCUCAGGCUUUUUGCUCAUUCCUACAUAGGGGAACGAUUGACUUGUCCCAAAGAUACAUUUCCUGAACUCCUUUUCUUGAAAUUAUGGGUGCUAAAGGAGCUGAAACAUUGGACUAUCAACGACAAUGCCAUGCCUGUCCUGAAACAGUUAGAGAUCAGAUAUUGCCAAAAGCUAAAAAAGAUUGAUGGAUUGGAGAAUGUGAGGACCUUGAAGGAAAUCAUUUUGACGAAUAUGGAAAAAGAUUUUGUAGAUGAAGUCCGAAAGAGAUUGGGCGAGAAGAAAGUCGCAACUGAAACUAUCGAUCAAACAUGGGAUUAUUGAAAUACUUGGAGACGCAAGGAGACUGCAGGGGUGAAGAUGGAUGAGUAAGAUAUCAGAAUCAUUAAGUGUUGCGGCGUUGGAAAGCUAAUUCAAAGGGAGGAAAUCAUGACACAAGUUGAUGGUCUAGCAGAAUCAAGAUCCAGAAAAACAAGAUAGGUGAAGGAAUUCGUGGAGAAGCCAUCUUCAUAGUCUUUACUUCUCUUCUUCCCGUUUGUUUAUUCAAUGUUUUGUCAAUUUGGAAUUAUGGUUUUGCUUUGUUCAAUUGUGAACCAAUUUCCUUUGUGU